AUGCCUCAACUGGAUAAAUUCACUUAUUUGGUCAUGUCAGAAUUUGCACCUAUUUUUCUCUCAUUCGUGAUCAGUCUGCUAGUUUCUUUGAUCUUACUCGGUCUGAUUUUUGUUAAUCCAACACGAAAGUUGCCCCCAGGCGAGGUUUUUCCUAUGGCUCUCGGUCUUUUAUCUUGCUUUGGCACUCCUCUUUCCUUUAGUGCCGACACCGUACCUUCCCCUUCGGAUUUGUUUACGUAUACUUCCGACAUGCUGGAAGACUCGACGAGUUCCGGGCGUAGUAGUAGUACCUCAGCGGUCAAUCAACCGCUUCCGGGGGAACAAGCCAUGCCUCCCGCUCUUCCUGUUAUGUAG